AUGGCGACGCCUCCUGGGUCUUACUACUCUGAGGUGGACGCUGAGCCACUGGAACGUUAUUAUGUGGGUGGCUAUCAUCCAACACAUUUGGGCGACACCUUUCGAAGUGGAAGAUACAAGAUUCUGCACAAGCUGGGCUGGGGUGGAUAUGCAACUGUCUGGCUCGCAAGAGAUUCCAAACUCAAACGCAACGUGGCCAUUAAGAUCUUGGUUUCUGAGUCAUCGCCAGAAGACCACGAGCUCAGGAUGCUGAAGCUCCUGUCAGAUGGCCCGCUAGAUCAUCCUGGUAGAAAAAAUACUAUGCAGAUGUUGGAGCAUUUCGACCAUGUGGGCCCAAAAGGUCGCCAUCGCUGCCUUGUUCUCGAACUAUUGGGGCCAAAUAUCUCUUUAGAAGCCGAAUCGUAUGAUAGCGAUAGGCUGCCAGGACGCCUAGCUUGGGAAGUCACGAAGCAAACCACACAGGCACUCGACUACAUCCACAAGAGUGGUAUUGCACAUGGAGGCAACAUUGUCUUUGCAAACACAGGGCUGUCUCAUCAAUCAGAUGUGCACAUUCUUUCCAGUAUGGAUCAGACAGAGACGAGUGACGUUCACGCCAGCCCUGGCUAUCCUCUGAACUCGCAUCUUCCCAGGUCCCUUGUAGCACCAACGUCAUUGCCGGUUUCUACCAAAGAAUCUGGCAGUUGGGAAGUGAAAGUCGUGGAUUUUGGCCAGGCAUUCAUGCACGGCGACCAGCGUGAGAUACGAUGUCCCCUGGUGUUCAGAGCGCCCGAAGUGAUCUUGACAAGCCAAUGGGAUUCUAGAAUUGACAUAUGGAGUCUCGGCUGCACGAUAUUUGAGAUAAUUGUAGGAUAUCCCCCAUUCGAUAACAUGAUGCCGACUAGAGAAGGCCUUGUACGAGAAUGGAUCGCGAUGUUUGGCCAGCUUCCUGAAGGGUGGAGCGACAGGGCUGCUGAUCACAAGGAAAAUGCUGAUUCUGUCAUUGAGCCAGUAACAUUGCGAAAAUGGUUGUUUGACACAUAUUUCGAGAACGACAAGAAAGCAGACUUCUCUGGGACUGACAUGGAGCGUCUGGCUGACUUACUUGCAUCAAUGCUCACCUACUUACCAUGUGCACGUCCUCAAGCAGCAGAAUUGCUUGAGCAUGCUUGGUUCCAGACCAACUCCGUCGUACAGAGAUAUUGCACAGAAAUAUGA